GUCAGAGAGGCUAAAAGGUCCACCGGACACUCUGUCUAUCCCCGUCUCUACUUUAGAAACACCCCUUUAGCAUUGAUGCCCACCUCCUCUUGACAACUCAUCCCACCUGAGAUCUCCACCCACACUCCCACAUUAUCUCAUACCUAUGUCUUUGCGACAAGUGGACAGAGGUGGCAAGCGAGCGCAGCUGAGUUGACUUUACCAACCCAGUUCACGGCUUGGUAAAGAUCCGUUGAGUGGAUUCGUCUGUUGACGUUCUGAAAUCCUGUUUUGUCUUUGAACUGACUCUCUGAGUGUUUUUGGUCAGCCGAGUUAGCUGACUACAAAAGGGAGAUCUUUCUUUUGUUAUUUUUGGCAUUUAAAAGAGGACCGAAAAGGUACACAUUUACCUUUUCUAGACCUGAUUUAUUUUUUAAAGAACCUUCUUCAUCUGGUGGAGAGCCUCAAGUGAACAGUCACCAUGUGGGAGUUCCGGUCCAUGAAUUUUUGGCGGGCUGUCUUCGCAGAGUUCUUCGGGACCAUGUUCUUCGUAUUUUUCGGCAUGGGUGCUGCCCUGCGCUGGACCUCUGGGCCCCAUCAUGUCCUUCAUGUGGCCCUGUGCUUUGGGCUAGCAGCUGCCACCCUCAUCCAGUCCAUUGGCCACAUCAGUGGCGGCCACAUUAACCCUGCCGUCACCUUUGCUUACCUUGUUGGCUCACAGAUGUCUCUUUUCCGCGCCAUUUUCUACAUAGCCGCCCAGUGCCUGGGUGCUGUAGCUGGGGCUGCUGUGCUGUACGGGGUCACACCCGGCAACAUGAGAGGCAACAUGGCGAUGAACACGCUGCAGCCUGGCAUCAGCCUGGGAAUGGCCACCACUGUGGAGGUUUUCCUCACCAUGCAGCUCGUUGUGUGCAUUUUCGCCGUGACUGAUGAGAGGAGAAACGGACGCCUGGGAUCUGCUGCUCUAUCCAUCGGCUUCUCCGUCACCAUUGGACAUCUCAUGGGGAUGUACUACACCGGUGCUGGAAUGAACCCUGCUAGGUCCUUCGCCCCUGCUGUGCUGUUCAGGAACUUCAUCAACCACUGGGUGUACUGGGUCGGGCCUAUGAUAGGAGGUGCCAUGGGUGCCCUUCUGUACGAUUUCAUGCUGUUCCCACGCAUGAGAGGUCUGUCCGAGCGCCUGGCCACACUGAAGGGCAGCCGGCCCCCCGAGAGCGAGACCCAGCAGGACACCCGCGGGGAGCCCAUCGAGCUCAAGACGCAAGCCCUAUAAACCUGUUCCUGCCCCCUUCUCCGACUGGGGCCGAGGGAUGAGGGACAAGGCCCUGAGUUACGCCAACCCCAUCUCCACUGACCCCCCAUGCCUUAACACAACAUCGCACAACACUAACCCAAAUACUCACAUCUAGACUAACACAUGAUAAGAUUAUUCCAGCUGCCACUGUAAAAACCGACACACAAACAGGUUCACAACCUCCAACCUCAACACACAACAAGACUCCUCUACCCCCUGGUCCUCACUCUGUAUUCUGAACUGGACAUUGUGUUAUUGAUAAAUGGUGACCAGAGCCUGAACCCGGAAGCUGCCUCGUCUCCUCACGCCCGCCUGCUUCCUCCUCCCAGCCAGGCCUUCAUCUGCGACUCAGAGGAGCGUGGAAAAACCUGAAACUGAGAGGUUUGGGGAGGCGGGUGUUGGAGAAUGAAGGCAGGAUAAGGGUGAGGCGGGGAUGUGGGUAUGAUAUGAGUAGGGUAAUAGGGCAUGGGGAAGGUGAGGGUGGAGUAA